AUCGCAGGGUCAUGCGUGUUUAACGCGUGUUGGGCAUUUGACGGCACCGCAUUCCAAUUCCAAUUCCAAUCCCAAUUCACUGAACUGUCCGCACACACACCCGGUACAAGUACUCUGUAAUGUAAUGCAUACUGGACGAGAACUAGGGCGGUGACACAGCCACUGAUCGUCCCUCCUCCCCCCGAAUCCACAUCGUUUCAAGACAACCCAGCACCCUCGCGAUCAUCCUUUUGUAUCCGUGCAGUCUAGUAUAGAACCUACUACAGAGUACGUAAACUCCUGCAGCACAUGUUUCCCUGAGACCUCCUCCUUACAAUGAUCUCGACGAUACCACAUCGUGGAAAAGAUGGAAGGGGAUGAAAGCGCCGCUGCUGCAGCGCAGGUCCACCACGACAACGACAGCAACAACAAAACAUCCAAGCGUGAUCGAUUUAAGGGAGCCUUGUCAAGGACAAAGAGUAAAUUCAAAAAGAAUGACAACAAGAACGAGGCGGAAAACAAUGACGUGGUGAAUGAUUUCUUGGCCGGAGGGAGGCCGUCGACUUCGAGUUGGACUUCGGGCAAAGACAUACUGCGCUUUGGGGGCAAUACUACAACUUCUGCGACGCGGCAGGGUUACUCGUCGUCGUCGCCCGAUCAGGCUCCUUCGCCGCGACCGUCGACAUCAGACUCGGCGUCGAUAUCCAAACACUCCCCGAGGAGGCCCAUCGCGGUGCCCAAGAUCGACGUCUCCAACUCGCAACGAUGGCCUGCGGCGCAGCCGAUCGGUCCUCAACGGGGUGCCGCGUCGGACUUUCUCCGUCCAGAGUACCAUGGUCGAAGCCAGUCUGUGUCGUCCAUGACCAAGAGAAAGGGCAGGGCACGCGGGCUGAGUGUCACCUUCAUCGACGAUCCGCCGACCGUCAUCGGCGAAGGGGGAGAUGACGCACCCACGCCGCCCGUCGAGAUUUCAAAGGCAAAAGCGAGAGCGAGGUCAGUCUCGCCAAUGUCACCACGAGGCAGACAGAGACAUGCAGACUUGUCUGCGCGCUCGACGGCCGGAGGAGGCGCUGGACCAUCAUACCAUCAGCAGCGACCACAACCGCCGCCUCCGCCUCCGCCAGCACCGCAACUGCCAAAUCGACGUUAUGAACCGCCUGAUGUCCUGAGACCUAGAGGGUUACAGCGAGUGCAGACGGGUCUCUCACCAUCGACGGCCGCCACUGCGUCCUCAGGCCUGGACAAGGAAUUCGAGAUGACUCUACAAAUUGGUAACAAAUCCAAUAAUAAUAGUCCCGCCGACAACGAUCCCGCGUCCAACAACGGUCCGGAAAUCAUUGCUCCGGAACCGGUCCGUCCCGUCCAACCACCGCCACUAGUCAUGGAGCGGCCUGAUCGCAAUCUCAAGGACCAUUUUCGAGAGGGUGACGUUCUUCGAAUACAUCACGACCCCAACAUUCCUAAUGUCGAAGACACCACCUCAGCAUCAGCUUCCAGCAAGGAGGUCAGCCCUGUCAAACAGCGACAGUACCAGAACUUUGUGUGACUAGUUUCACACCCAUGGUUCUAUUCUUUUCCGACCUCUGUAUGCCUAUGAAUGUCCGUAACGAAUUACAACGAAAGUUUCUUUCUAGGGCCGUUGCUCUCCUAAGGCCUUGAACCCUUGAAUCAAAUCAUCCAGCAGAUCUCUAUCGUCCUCGAUACCCACACUAACCCGCAACAAGUCCUGUUCGACCGUCGAGUCAGUCAUAGUUCGCCAUUCGAUCAAGCUCUCCACGCCACCAAGACUGGUCGCAUGCUGGAAAAGAUGUAAUUUGCUGGGCAAGGCUCGAGCCAUUUCCGGGGUCUUCAUGACGAUGGAAAAUACCGGACCAUACCCAUUCGGCAUCUGCUUCCUCAACCAAGUCUUGUAGUCUUCGGUCUGAAGGCUUGCAUGGUGAACCUUCUUGAGCACAGACUUGAUGAUCUCGACAUCGGACUGAGACAAUCCAGUGCCUACGGUCGCCCCGGUCAAUGCACCAUCAAGUGCAUCAACCAGCCUCUGCGCACUUUGACUCUGUCUCGUUACACGCAACUCGAGCGUUCUCAGACUCCUCACACCGAGCCAUCCCUCGAGUCCCCCCAUCACCGAGCCUAGAACCAAGCGAUCCUCUAAUAAUUGUGGAAUGCAAUCCUUGUUCUUGACCGCCAAAACACCACAGAGCAUAUCUGAAUGACCACCGAAAUAUUUCGUUCCCGAGUGCAUCACAAAGUCUGCCCCAUGUCUGAACGGAUCUUGCAAGGGUGGUGGUGCGAACGUCGCAUCAACACUGAGAUAAGCACCUCUUGAAUGUGCAAUGUCUGCAUAGUGCUGGAUGUUGAACGCCAAGCCAGUUGGGUUGACCGGCGUUUCCAGGUGUAGCAAGUCACCCUUUUCCAGCUCUUCGGGCUUGCAGUCUAGCGAAAGUAUCUUACACCCAGAUAGUCUUUGGUGGAGCUUCAAUACACCGUGACAGCCGUGGUAUCCAGCACCGAUUGCGACUCUUUUCGGGUUGACGAACGUUACGAGGGCGUUGAAGGCAGAAAGGCCAGAGGAGUAUGUCAGGCAAGGGUUGUGGAGGAGGACGCUCAGGAUGGCUUCCAGUCGCGAGGUGCUGUGCGUGGUGUGCCGUGAGUAACAGUGUUCACCCUGGUCGUAGACAGGCGCUGGACGUUGGUGAAAGGGACGCAACUUCUCUGGGUCUUUUUCGUAGCGGAAGGUUGUGCUGACGUGGAUCGGUGGUGCUACAUCGUCAACGAGAUUCAGAGGGUCGUCGGCGUGGAUUGCUUGCGUGGCGGGUGAGAGGGAGGAUAUGUGUAGAGAAUUGAAUUCAACGUCUUCGACUUGGUCCAUCG